AUGUGUGUGGUGAAUUUGCUGCGGCUUCUGGCUGUUGUUGUUGUAUGUUGUGCAUACGUGUGUACUUUACUUCCAUUGCCCGGCCUUUUCCUUCUCUCUCACUUGUUUUCUUUGCUUUUGUUUGUUUGUUUGUUAGUUGUUGUUGUUGUUUUUUUGUCGUGGAUAGUUUUCGGUGAGGCGAUAAAAAAAAAAAUGCAGGCAACAGGUUGGGUCGGAAGCCAACAACGAAACAAAAAAGAGGAAAUAACGGAAGGAGGAGGUGGAAAAUUGGAAAAGAAGCAACGACGGGAGGGAAUUUCGGUCUUGGACGAAUGCAAAAAAAAGUUCAAACUGGAGUUACGACGUUUGGUUAGCCUUCACUUCAACGCUGCGGAUUCCGCUGACAUUCAACGGCAACGUGGAAAGCUGCGGCAACUUAUCACAGACGUGCGUUGCGGUGCCGCCGCGAUGAGUUGUACAGGGACCCUCCCAUCUCUCCCCGCCACCUUAUCACCAUCCAUUAUUGCUGAGCGAAGGCAGAGAACGGGGAAGGAGACGGAGAAGCGUACAGCCGGGGUGUUGCGCCCAAAAAAUAUCCCGUUUAUGUCAGACUCGGCUCCCUUUACACAGACCAACACCGCCAUCACGUCACAGAAGACUGCAAUGGCCGAUGUAGCCGCCGAUUUUCAUACGGGCACGUCAGCUCUUACAUCCCCUACUCAUCCUUCAAUAGAGCUUGACGUGGUUGUGGUGAUGACCGAGGAGUGUCUUGCGGCGGGUCAAUAUCUUCUGGCGCGUGGGUUAUACGAGGAAGUGAUCGAUGUCUGCUUAGAUCCGCUGGAAAAGGACAUCCAACAGGUGUUGCGUGGGGCUGCGGAGAAGGUUGAAGCGGCGUGGCUUGCGGCACGAACAAGCACUACUAGAGGCGCAUUCAAUGUGAUGGGACUGCUGGAUGCGGAUGAUACACAAGUGUUGCGUUUUGGGGCAGAGAAGGUUACGGCGCAACCCAAAGAAAUUCUUUAUCCAUGGCGUCUUUUGGCGCAGUACGAUAUCAUGCGAUACACAUGUCAGUUUUACUGUGUAUACUCCGGGGGUGAUGGUUUCCCGAAAGGGGAGUUAGAGACCAUGAAGCUUGCGGCAAGUUAUAUUGAUGCCGUGACUUCAUGCCUGCUUGGCAUUGCGAGACUGAACGCAGAUGACAGCUACCACAUUCUCUUUAAUGGCACUAUUACGGUUUAUGAGAUGUGUCUUCACAUGCUGCGACAAGCGGGGGAACGUGUGGGUGACGCCGCUUCGCACGUGACUCGUCACAUUGCGCUUUGUUUGGAAAUAUGCGAAUCCGCAACGCUUAAAUUGGCGACCGUGCGGUACCUGCCGUGGCGUCUUCGCCUCUACGACCUUAUUGCCGCUUGUUAUGAGAAACAGGCCAUGUAUAGUGAGGCGCUCUCCGUUGCGCAGAGGGCGGCACGGAAGGUUCAGGAGUUGAUUCAUCUUGAGUUCCUUGAUACAGUGCCACCACCAGAGGCCAGUCAAGAAAUAUUGAUGCAAGCCAUGGAUCAUGUCCUUUUGACUGUAAUGCGAUAUAAAUGGUACGUGAAGAGCACGACGAUAGGCGGCAGUGCUACCGGAAAUACCGCGUCAAUAGGGGUGACAGAGAAUGUGCCAUUGCCCAAGCAAGGUCAGUCGGGAUCUACAACGACAUUAAGCGCACUGGCCGAGCAGGAACUGAUUAUGGAGGAAAUGCCAUCCAAUUGUCUUGAGAUGAUUGAUCGAGCAUGGCAAGUGCUACUCAAAGUGGAGCUGCCAAAGCGUCCAGCACCUACGACACCUGCCGCUGCAUCAACCUCAAAAGGGAAUGAGGGUAAAUCCAAGGUUCAGGGGAAGCAGCAAUCAAAAUCAAAGCAAAAGCAACCGCAAAAACAAGAGGUUUUCAACAAAGAUAUCGUGGCAAGACGAGUGUGGGGGAGGCUAGUGCAGUUUUUGCUGUCAUUGGCAACAGGAUCUACGUUGCCUCUAGGGGCUGGGGACCACGUGACUAGUGGCCCUCUUAUUUCUUCACAGCACGCCUCACUGACAUCCAUGUCGUCGAUUAAACAACUUCGUAUAUGGGCAGUUGAGGCGCUGGAGUUUCUUGCACGCUUUGCAAUUUGCUCCUACGUGCAGGCGAAUCCGGAUGUGGUGCAGCAGGGAUCUCCCGAGGACUUUGCGGCGCUGGAGUUGAUGUGUAAGCAGCAACAGGAGCAGCGGCAGCAGACAUCGGCAGCCAAUGAGACGACGAGCCGCCGGAAAACCGAUCGCGGACUGCGGCGGUCUAACCGGACCCAGGUGGUUGUCCAAUCGAGCACUCCCGCUGCAGAAGAUGAAAUAUUCCUUGCCAGCAUAACGCUUGAACGUCUGUUAUACAGCAUUUCAACUUACAAUGUGACAACACUUAGUGGGGCAGGAGCGGAUGCUGAAAAAAUUCCCACAACAUUAACACUUCACACCGAAGGCAUGAUGAAUGAGGAGGUUCUGUUGUUGACACUGCUUAUGCAUCGUGUACUGUACAAUGGAAAUGAUGCGAAAUUAUAUGACUGUUUAUGUCAUUGCAGUAUUUCUUCUCUGCUGCAACGCUACGGAGAGAAGGAGGACGAUGUGAAACCGAGAAAUAUUACGAAACCAACAAAUAACAAAAAAAUGGUACCGCCAUCCAAGAAAAUGUUACAGAUGCAUCUUCUGGACACGGUGUGUGUCUCCCUACACAUUCUACAACGAAUGCGGCGAGUGGGUUUAGGGAAAAGAGUACGUCUCAAAGAGCUUGCAUCCGUCGCGCAGGACUUGGAACGACUCAUUGAACUGUCUGCUGGGUCUACUACUAGCAGUGCGAUUAGCAUUUUGCAACAAAGCAAGAAGGAUAUUGUGGCCACCACGGCGUUGCCAUCAACCUUACCAUCACCGCCCUUGCAUGGUACAUCUACGGCGCUUUCUGGUAGCUUUGCCGCCAUUUAUAAAGGGCUAAUGAAUGAGUGUGCUAGUCUUCUUCAACAACAUGCAUCCGCCUUUGCACCAUCCUCACUGCAUUCUAAUUAUGCAUUGAACACCCCUUCUCCUACCUAUAAUGUGGCGGCAAACAAAAUGAUGUUUCGGGAUGACGGCGGAGGGGAGGGGGAAGAAGGAAAGGAGAAAAAAGAAGAAGAAGAAGAAGAGGCGGAGGAAGGUGAAGGGUUUGAUGCGACGGAUAUGUAUCAUAGAGUAGUUUGUGCCUACCUGGGGGCCAAGUUGAGCAGCGGGGUAUCCGAUGGUGUUGGUAUUGGCCAUCUUGUUUUGGCGUAUUUGCAAGAAAUGGAGUUGGAAAUGUCGACCAACCAAAUGGAUACGGCGGAUAAAAGUGACAGAAAUCAAAGUGGUGGUGGUGAGAGUCGUGGUGGCAGCGCCUCCACCAGAAGGGGGAAUGUCAUCUUUGGCCCAAGGGCGGUGUUGGCGAAGGUGUCUAACGGCAAAAGGGGGGAUGGUGUUACCGAUCAA